AACCACCAUCAUUGGCAUGUUGUAAUUCGGCCGUGAAACAACAUGCAUAGUUUUGUCGGUGUUCUCUUUGUUGGCCUAGCUGCCGUUCUCCUGGCAGCAGGACCUGCUCAAGCUGGUACUCGUAGCCUGCCGCCGUUGUUCCGUGAGUCGGGCGCCUUAGAAAAUCCAAACUUUCGGUUCGAUGCUCGCGCCGAUGAUUUGAAUUAUCGUCUGCCCAAUAACACUCUACCCAUCCACUACGACGUGGAAUUGACCACCAAUGUCCAUGAUGGUACCAAGAAAUUUACGGGCAAAGUUCAAAUUGAUGUAACCAUUGUCGAGGCCACCACCACUUUGGUCUUGCACAAACGUCAAUUGAACAUUCUAUCGGCCAAAAUUGAAAGCGCCACCUCGGCUAGUGAAGAUCUGACCAUUUCAUAUGAAGAAGAACGUGAAUUUUUAACUUUGACCCGUAAAACGAAUGUGAAUUUCGAAAAGGAUACCGAAUGGAAAGUCACAUUGGAAUACGAAGGUGAAUUGCGUACCGAUAAUGGUGGUUUCUAUCUGUCCACGUAUACCGAUGCGGACGGCAAUGAAAGAUAUUUGGCCAUUACCCAGUUCGAGAGUACCGAUGCCCGUCAUGCUUUCCCCUGCUAUGAUGAACCCAACAAGCGUGCCACCUUCACCAUCACCAUCAAUCACAGCCCCACAUACACGGCCAUCUCCAAUAUGCCUGUUGAUACAUCUAAAACCAUUUCCGGCAAAACCGUGUUUCAAAAAACCGUCAACAUGCCCACCUAUUUGUUGGCCUUCAUUGUGUCCGAUUUCGUUUAUACCGAAGGUGUUUUGAACGACACUCCACAACGUAUCUAUUCUCGUCCCGGUACUAAGAAUGAACAGGAAUGGGCCUUGGUUUCGGGUAUGCUGAUUUUGGAACGCUUGGCCGAAUACUAUAAUGUUGACUUUGCAUUGCCGAAAAUCGAUCAGGCUGCCAUACCUGACUUCGCUGCUGGAGCCAUGGAAAACUGGGGCUUGGCGACAUAUCGUGAAGAGUACAUGCUGUACAACAAGGACACCUCAACGGUUACCACACAAACCAACAUUGCCAGCAUCAUUGCCCAUGAAUAUUGUCAUCAAUGGUUUGGUAAUUAUGUUGCCGUUCACUGGUGGACAUAUUUGUGGUUGAAGGAAGGUUUUGCUACACUCUUUUCCUAUAAGGCUGUGGAUGCUGCCUAUCCUGAAUGGGGCGUUUGGCAACAAUUCCAAACCGAUGAUUACCAAUCGGCCUUGACCAAUGAUGCUAGUGACUAUCCCCGUCCUAUGACCCAUUACGUCCAAAAGCCUUCAGAAAUUGCCAUGUCGUAUGGCACGGUUACUUAUGCCAAGGCCGGUUCCGUAUUGAACAUGUGGAAUCAUGCAUUGACCGAUAAAGUUUUCCAAAGGGGUCUACACAACUAUUUGGAUGCUAACCAAUAUAGCAGCGCUGUGGAAGAACAACUUUUCUUGGCCAUCCAAACUGCUGCCAAAGAAGAAAACUAUGAGAUUCCAGCUAAAAUUGAGGAUAUGUUGGGCUCGUGGUCGCGUCAGGGUGGUUAUCCCUUGUUGACGGUUACCCGCAACUAUAACAACGGUUCAUUUACCGUUACUCAAAGUUCCUUCCAUAAUAACAAGAACACUGUAACGCAGAAAUCCUGGUACAUCCCCUUCAACUAUGCCCACCAAUCGAAUCCCGAUUUCCGUGACACCGAAGCCAGCCACUAUUUGCUCAAUGUCCCAAGUGUGAGAGUCGAUGCCAAAUUGGACAAGGAAGAUUGGCUUAUUUUGAACAAACAAUCCACCGGCUAUUAUCGCAUCAAUUACGACGAAGAAAAUUGGAAACUCAUUAUUGAUGGCCUAAUUAAGAGCCCCUACAAAAUCCAUCCACGCAAUCGUGCCCAAUUGAUGCACGAUGCAUAUCGUUUCAGUGCCUCCAAUCGUUUGGCUCAUUCCGUUCUCUUGGACAUGAUGACCUAUUUGCCGAAGGAAGAUCAGUAUGCACCCUGGUCCACGGCCAAUGGCAUUAUCAAUGUCUACAAUCGCUACUUGAGUGGUGAUGCGAAAUACUAUGAUUUCCAAAUGUUUGUGGCCGAAAUCGUCACUCCCAUCUAUGAAAAAUUGGGCAUCAAUGAUGUUCCCGGCGAACACCACUACCAGAAAUAUACCCGCAAUGCUGUCAUCAAUAUGGCCUGUUUGGCUGGCAUCCAGAGCUGUUUGACCGAGACCAAAAACAAACUGAAGGCUUUGGUACAGCACGGUACUCCCAUUGAAGCCAAUGUACAGAGCCAAAUCUACUGCAAUGGCCUGAAACAAUCCGGCGAUGAUGUUUUCCAAUAUGUUUUCAACCAGCUCAUGGACUCCACUGAUCAAGCAUUCCGUCGCGUGCUCAUCUCCUCUCUGGGUUGUUCACAGAACGAAAAACAAUUGAAAUCCUAUUUGGAAAGUUCCAUUGACAAGGACAACAAAUUGCGCAAUCAGGAACGCAUUACCAUUCUCAGUCCCGUCUAUUCGCGUGGCUCCGUUGGUCUGAUGGCCACCAUUGAUUUCCUCGAUGAACACUGGGAUGAAUAUGGCAAUUUGAACACUGGUUUCGGUGGUACCAAUCCGUUGAAUGAUGCCUUGGGAGGUAUGUCUUUGUAUGUCGUCAACACUGAACAGGAAAAAAGACUUUUGGCUUUGGUUGACAAGGUCAAGAGCAGCGAACAUGUCUCCAGCUCAUUGGAGGCCUCCGUCAAGUAUAACAUUCAGUCCAACUUCGACUGGUUGAAGAGUAAUCGUGAUCCGUUGAUUAAUUGGUUCCAGUCGUUCAACAUCAAGAGUGGUGCCAGCGCUGUCAUCAGCAGCUCCAGCAUGGCCAUCAGUACCCUUUUGCUUUUGGUCAUUUCUCGGCUGUUUUAAAAAGACCUAUUUUAGAUAGUUAGCACGUAAUAUAAAUUAAAAACAAAAAAAUUUGUACAUAAAUAUUUAUUUUUUUUUGUUAAAAAAUAAUAAAAGUACUGAUUUUUUUAGUAGUAAAAAAAUAUAUAUUUUUAAAAUAA